AUGUCGGCGCGAAAAGCUUCUCAGCCGGCCGUCGAGGGCCAAAAGAACAAAGACGAGACGGAUCUCACCACCAUCCUCGACGAGGGCCAGCGCGCCGACUUGACUUUACUUGUGGCCAAUGCGACCGAGUCCAUGCGAAAAUUAAUCCUCGACAACUUCGACGCAAUGGCUGGCCUGGACAAGAAGCUUCUGCGGGCAGGGAUGACCGAGGAUGAAAAGCUAAUGGCCGCGGACCCUGCGAACGCUGACGUUGGCGCCUAUGACCGCGAGCGCAAACUCAAGGCAGAGAUCGAAAAGGACCUCACCACUCUGAAAAUGAAGAAUCUGAAGAAAAACUCUCUCAAGGCCUUCGACGAUUGGCGCGAACAGGUCAUCUUACGGGUUGGACAAGUCGUGAACUCGGAGAGGACUGCUCAAGAACAGAUGCAGAAGGGCGCCAGAGCUGAUCGAGCGAAGCCGCAAGCUCCCAAUACCACCGGCAGGGUCAUGGAAGCUGGCAACCGCACCGUCAAUCUGAAGUUCAAGGAUUUGUUCCCGCCGACGAGGACUCCCUUGACCAAGAUGGCCAUGAGCGAGCGGACGUUGAUUCUCCAUUCACUACUUUUGCUGCUCUUGUCGCUGGAGCACUACAACGCAUACUCGCGCGUACUUCUGCUGAACCUGACCUCAUCGUUGAAAUUGCCGCUGAAGACCUUCGAGCAAGAUGAAUAUGCUACAGCCAAAGGACUGCUCGAAGCGGCAAAGGAAAUGACGGCGGACGACGAGAUAAAGAGAAAGGUCAAGGAGAACGAGGAGACGAGGAAAAGAAGGGUCCGCUAUGCCACUGUCGCGGGAGCUGCUAUUCUUGGUGUCACCGGCGGUAUGGCUGCACCUCUCGUGGCCGCAGGCGUCGGUUCCGUGAUGGGUGGAUUGGGCUUGGGCGCAACAUCUGCAGCUGCCUAUCUUGGUUCUGUCGCCGGGAGCUCAGUCCUUGUUGGGAGUUUGUUCGGCGCGUACGGUGGCAGGAUGACAGGCCAGAUGAUGGACUCAUAUGCUCGUGAGGUCGAGGACUUUCAGUUCCUCCCGAUCCACGGCAGCAGCGGCAAGAAGACCAGUGAAGACCAAGACCAAGGCGCACAGGAAGCCAGCGAACACGAUCACAAGCUUCGCGUCACAAUUGGCAUCUCCGGAUGGCUGACCGAGAAAGAAGAAGUCGUCAAGCCAUGGCGGUCUCUUGGGACGGGCGCCGAAAUCUUCGCACUCAAAUACGAGCUUGAAGCGCUAUUGAACCUGGGCAAUGCAAUGAACGGGAUGGUACAGUCGGCCGCAUGGGGCUACGCUCAGAAGGAAAUCAUUGCUCAGACCAUCUUUGCCGAUCUUGCAGCAGCCAUGUGGCCAAUGGCGCUGAUGAAGGUGGCGAGGGUUGUCGACAAUCCCUUCAGCGUCGCCAAAAGUCGAGCCGACAAAGCUGGCGAGGUCUUGGCCGACGCCCUUAUCAACCGCGCGCAGGGAGAACGACCGGUCACGUUGAUCGGAUAUUCCCUAGGAGCCCGAGUCAUCUACACCUGCCUGAUGAGCCUGGCGAAACGGAAAGAAUUCGGCCUCGUGGAGAAUGCGGUCUUGAUUGGCGCUCCGACUCCAAGCGAUACGAGCGACUGGAGAGUCCUUCGCAGCGCGGUGGCAGGUAGACUUGUCAACGUCUAUUCGGUCAAUGACUACGUCCUCGGGUUCAUGUACCGCACGUCAGCAAUUCAAUAUGGUGUUGCCGGCUUGCAAAAGGUCGAAGGUUUGGCGUCGGUCGAGAACUUUGACGUGUCCGAAGAUGUGAGCAGCCAUCAGCGCUACCGCUAUCUCAUCGGAGCGAUCCUGAAGAAGAUUGGGUUCGAGGACAUCGAUAUGACUGCCGUCGAGCGUGAACAGGAAGAACUGGCCAAGAUGGAGGAAGAAGAGAAGAAACAAUCUCUUGCGGCUCAGAGAAAGUGGCUUCUGAGACGCGAAUCGAAUGGCGGGAAGGUGGACGAGGCCGCUGAAGGAGAAGCCGAAGCCGACGAACUGGAAAAGAAGAUUCAAGAGCAGACCAAGAAGAGCCUGGUGACAAGAGCGAUCGAGUACUUCUACAUGCCAAGCGUGCCGAGCGGAAAGGAUGCUCAACAGGUCGCCGGCAACCUCGAAAAGGCUACUCGAAACCCUACCGACGCUGGAAACGUGGCAGGUCAAACGGCCAAGGACGUUCAAUCAUCAACGGGAAGCUAUGCGACCUAUAUCUACAAACGCUUACCUAGCAUGCCAUAUGUUAACCGCACGACGGUGACUGGCCCAGGACAGAAAUCCACUCCGGUCGAAUCGACCAAGACGACACAAAUGCAGCAGGCAACACAGGGAGCAACGAGCCAUGCGCAAAGCUACGCCCAGCAAGCAUCGCAGUACUUACCAUCCCUACCAAGCAUGCCAUCACUGUCGGGUCCGGGGAAAGGUAAAAAGGAAGCCAAAUCGGAGCAGGUAGAAUCAGCCUCAGGAAAGCCAAGGGAAUCCGCAUCAAAAGGAGCAGAUACUGCCACCUCCGCCGCCAAAUCCACGGCAGGGCCCGUCUCCGACGUGGUCACACCAACUGUCAAGAAUACUCUGAACCCGACCGAUAACCCCGCCGUCAAAUCUACCAAACGCACGGCCAAACAGGCACCAAUAAUCCAUCAAGCUAAGGAUCGUACACCUGCUCCCGUGAAGGAGACGACUGAGGAAGUCUCGGACGCUACGGGCACGACUGCACAGAACGCGACACAGACGGCACAGAAGGGCUUAGAAACGGUAACGGACAAAACAGUCGAGUCCAGUAAAGCCGCAGCUGGUGGUACUCAGAAUGCCGGCCAGACCAUCGCCGAGGGGACCCAAACAGCGGCCAAGACAGGCCAGGGCUAUACCUCACGCGCGGCAUCCUAUCUCCCCAGCAUGUCGAGCUUAGGCUUUGGCGGCGGCGGCGGCGGCGGAACAAAGAAACCGAAACCCGCACCACCGAAACUGGAGAAAAGGACGUCAGAAGCAAAGAAAGAUGCCUCCAAUGAUGCAGCGAAGAGCGCGCCGAAAAUCGAGGAAAAGUCCUCAGGAUCGAAAGCGCCACCUAAGAUCGAUCGUCUCCCUUCUGGUGUAAAGUCACCGCCAGCAAAACUCGACCGAGUGCCCUCAGGAGUGAAGUCACCACCAGCAAAACUCGACCGAAUGCCCUCAGGAGCGAAGUCCCCUCCGCAGAACCUGGAUCGAAUUUCCUCUAGAGUGAAGUCCCCUCCUCCGAAACUCGACCGUCUCCCUCCCGGCGUAAAGUCACCGCCACCAAAACUCGAUCGUGCACCAUCUGGAGUAAAGUCGCCACCUACAUCUGUCCCAACGCCGAACAUGGUGGAGCGAAUAGGCAGUGGGAUCAAAUCCCCGCCAAAAUUAGGUCCCAGGAGGACGUCAAGUCAGCAGCAGGCUCAAACUCCGCAGCCACCAACGCCGGCCGCGAUCGGCGAGAGGUUAGCCAGUAUACCGUCCGGCGGUACCGGUGGUGGGGCUGGCGAGGCUGGAAGCGCGGCGGCGAAGGAGGCCGAAAAUGCUGUUACGGGCACGGCGAAUCAAGCGGUCGGCGCUGUAGCGAGCACGGGCAAGCAAGCUGGCGGCAGCAUCACUGGAUCUGGAUCUGGAUCGAAGACAGGGCCAGGGACAGCAAGCGAAAGCGCCAAGCAAAGUGCUGGUCUCGCGUCGAAGUCGACGUCGACACAACAAAAUCCAAUCUCCGCGGCCGGACCCACGCCCUCACUACCCGGAGCCGGUGACUCAAAGGAGAUCGCGAGCUCCGCGGCCGAUGCGGCCGGCAGGGCGGGAGAGACGGGAGUGAACGCAGCAAAGGCUGGAGGCGGAUACCUCGGUGCCGGCGUGGGCAAGGCCGUCGGCUUGGGUCGCUGA